AAUCCCUAAAGUCUCAUCUCCUUCGCCCCCACAACUCUCCGACUCAGUAGCGUCUUAGUCUCCUCGAUCCGCUUCCUUCCCCGAGAUUCGUCAAUGGCUCCUUCCACCGUUAAUCGAUGGCUGAGACCUGAGGUUUACCCACUUUUCGCGGCGGUAGGAGUGGCCGUCGGAAUCUGCGGGUUUCAGUUAGUCCGUAACAUCUGCAUCAAUCCUGAAGUCAGAGUGACCAAGGAGAAUAGAGCCGCUGGAGUCCUGGAUAACUUUGAUGAGGGAGAGAAGUAUACCGAGCAUUUCCUGAGGAAAUUCGUGCGCAACAAGUCACCAGAAAUUAUGCCGUCGAUCAACAACUUCUUCACAGACCCAAGUCGAAACUAAGAUCCUACAUGAAU